CAUAGCGCGCAGCAUGAACGCUCCGCGGCAAAAGGAUGUGUGAACAAGCAGCGCGCUACUGCAGGGACGGCGUCCACAAACUGCUCCACAAAGAACAAGCAAAACUCCGGGCACAGGACAGUAAAGACCAGCCCACACCCGGGGCUCAGGACAGCGAGACAGCGACGGCUGCACAGUCCGGAAACAGCGGCGCUCAGCCCGGUGGAAUAGACGGGCUCGUCCGCUGGAUAGUCACCAAGAUGAGCGACAAUAAAAGCAUCUCUACCCGGGAAUACGCGAAGGAGGAGGCGGCGGUGGCUCAGGAGCAGUUUUUCGCACCGGAGCCACGAAAGGGCAUCUCUGUCAUUUUGGAUAUUUUCCGGAGAGCUGAUAAAGAUGAUGAUGGAAAGCUUUCCCUUGAUGAGUUCCAGGCAUUCUUCUCUGAUGGGACUUUGAACGAAGAGGAGCUGGAAAAGCUGUUUCACACCAUUGACUCUGAUAACACCAGUAAUGUUGACACCAAGGAACUGUGCGACUACUUUGCCAACCACAUGGGGGAUUAUGAAGGAGUGCUGGCCUCCUUAGAGACACUCAACCUGGCCAUUCUCAAAGCCAUGGACUUCACCAAGAAGGUGUAUGAACGUGGAACUAAUGUUGAGCAGUUUGUUACCCGCUUCCUGUUGAAGGAGUCAGCCAAUCAGAUCCAGUCUCUGCUGAGCUCUGUAGAAAGUGCUGUCGAUGCCAUUGAUGAGCAGCAUUCAUCAGUGGGAUCUUACCCCAGUAAGACCAGCCCACGCGUCCCAGAUCGACGCUAUGAGGCACCGGUGCCAGAUUAUCCUCCCAACAACAGAGUCAGUGCAAAGGAAAGCAUGAGGAACAUCAACACGGGUGCAGGGGCUGUGGAGGUGAGAAAAGAAGGACUUGAGGCACAGAUCAAUCGGCUGGCUGAGCUGAUUGGACGUCUGGAGAACAAGACAGUUUGGUUUGACCUACAUCAGCGACUAACAGACACUGAUGGCACAACUAGCGCAUCCCUGUACCUGAUCCGCCAGGAGAUGAAAGUUUCCCAGAAGCAGUUGGGUGAUUUCUGUGAGGCCCUGAAACAAUACCUGAAGAAUGUGUCUACUCAGAGAGACUGUUUCCAUGUCACGGCUGUCCGGCUGCCUGAUGGCCUUUCCUUUGUGGUGUAUGAGUUCUGGGAUGGAGAAGAGGAGUGGAAGAGGCAUCUUCUGACUGCAGCCUGUAAGGCGUUCCAGCAUGUGAAAGUGGAUACUCUGUGCCAGCCUGAGGCGGUGUCCACUGUCGCUGUGCCCGCCGCCUGGUGCAGCCUGAACAGAGACUGAGAAGUGAGCCGGUCUGCGGGUGGGACGUCCCGCUUAAUGCCUGAAACCCCUCUCUUCUCCUCUCUAUCUCUCUGUCACAGUCUCUGCUUUCUUACCUCCUCUUUCUCUCUGCUCCCCCACUCCGUCUCCUCUUUUGUAAUUACUUGUUUACACAGUAUCCAUUUGAUAUUGUGCCAAAAGUAGUGUCUCCAGACACAGUUCCCUCUUCACAUCCACUGCAACAUACAGAAAACCGCAUUAAAACUCCCACCGCAUUCGGGAAGCUCACUUUUGCAUCUAAAACCUCACCUUACAUGAACAGUCUCUACUAACGAAAAAGAGGCUGAUUAAUAUUUCAUCCCAAUUCAAGCACGCAUCCGCUGCUUUGCAGACAGUUCCCUGCGGUACAACUUCUGAGAAGACAAAAACUGUGCAGCAAAGUAUUUCUACAGCUGUCCAUGGACACUAGCAUUUCUGUAAAGGCUGUUUAAUACUAGUUAUAGGUUGGUAUGUUAAGUACUUUGGACUGUAUCUUCAUGAAACGUUUGUGUAACGCACUGAGCCAUGUAGAGAGACUGGUGCUUCUGUCAAAACCGUGAGCAUGACCAAUACUGCCAGUCAAGGGGCCUACAUUUACAACACAUCCAAAUCAACAUCUGCUCCAAAAAGCACAAUGUUCCUGAACGAGGAAUGAAAUGCUUGUGUAAAUGAGAUUCGCUGAUGAAGAGAACAUCAUUUUUAUGUUGAUCAUUCUUGAGAGGGAAUAUAUGGAUGCGGGACGAGUGCUUAAAUUAAAGAGUGGCAUUGACUUAAAGGGAAAGUUCAUCCAAAAAAGAAAUUUACACCAUUUACUCGUCUUGAGUAGUUGAAGAUAUUUUGAAGAAAGAUCCCAUAGAUAUAUACACUAGAUAUCACAUACGGACCCUGAGCAUGCGUCAAUAGCACCGCCAUAUUUGUACAGUGCUCCCCAGGGAAAAGUCAUUGAACUGCACUAGUCAAGACUAAAGCCAAUGUGAAGAUGCUGGACUUUCGUGCUGUGUAUGGGUGUAGCAAUGAGCAAACAAAGAAAACAAAGCAUAAAGGCAGAACAUUUCAUAGGUAAGAUUUAGUUUUUUACGUUUUUGUACAGGAUGUUACGAACUUUUGUGCUAAACAAGUAAUGUUAUUGAUGAUAAUACAGUCACUUACUGCACUGACCAUAAGCAGAUCCAGCUUCUGCUAGUUUUGUUGAAUAAAAUCAGCAAACAAUGUCAAUGAAAUAUGACAACAAGACGCUGAUGCCAGAAACUUGUAUUAUUGUCGGCUAAGUGAAGUAGUUUUUGAAGUAACUUAUAAGGAAGCCUGAUAACAUAACAGUGCCUGCACCUCAAUGUGCACACUGUCCACCCUAAAUUAUUGAAUAUUACAAUUGUUAAAUACCGUUUAGAUCAGAAAGUUGGAUAUGCACAUUGAGACGCAAGGAUAUUGAUGGUUCACAUGAGCCGUUCAUAACGGGGAUUCAAUCUAAAGCCCUGCAUUUGAGCCCAAGCCCGACUUUUUUAUGCCCAUAGGGCCAGGCUUCUGGCAAAUUUUCACGUCAUAGCUAGCACACAUAUCAGGCUCAGGGCCCGCUUUAGAAAAAAUUAAAAAAAAAGUUUAAUGAGAUCUAAUGCGUGGGGCUCGGAAGUGCCAGUGAUGCCUUGCAUACAGAGAUUUCCAGCCAUGUGCAAUGGAGAACAUAAAGAGAAAAACUGCCAAUGGCGAACUUUAAACUGUGAAAAACACUAGAGGAAAGGCAAACUUCUGCUCAACUUUUCAAGUAGGGACAACUUUAAAUGAGCCAACUGGUUAUGCACAAUGCACAACUUAAAGUAAAAUUUAGUAAAUGCACUGUGGACAACAUACCGCUUGGAUAUCGAUGUCUCUUAAAUAAAAUCUUACAUUUAAAAAAACAAACUAAAAUUAUUCUGAUAAAACAACAACACAAGAAAAUCAUACAUUUUCUAUUAAAUACAAAUCUGGCGUAUUUUAAUGCCUGUAACAGUAUAAGCGGGGGGAAAAAAACAGGCUUCGGGUCAGACUCGGGCCAAUGAUAAGCUGUUGAGCAAGGGCCGGGCUACAGCCUGUGCAUCUCGGGCCACCCUACUGAAAAAACCUGCUUAAACCAGCCUAGGCUGGUUGGCUGGUUUUAGCUGGUCGACCAGCCUGGAGGGGUUUUGGCCAUUUCCAGGCUAGUUUCCAGCCAUUUCCAGCCUGGUCUUAGCUGGUCAGGCUGGGUGAUGACCAGCUAAAACCAGCUUGACCAGCCUAGCCAGGGUGGGAGCCCAGCCUAAACCAGCUAUGUCCAGCAUAAACCAGGCUGGUUUUAGCUGGAUUUAGCUGGUCAUUUUCUAAGACCAGGCUGGAGAUGGCUGGAAACCAGCCUGGAAAUGGCCAAAACCCCUCUAAAACCAGGCUGGUCAACCUGCUAAAACCAGCCAACCAACCUAGGCUGGUUUAAGCUGGAUUUUUCAGCAGGGCAGGGCGGGGCUAGGGCUUAGAUUUAAGGCCCAUGCAGGGCUCUAAUUCAUUCACAAACGAAUAGCUCCCUGCAUUAGAAUUAGAAGUAAAAGCAGGAGAGGGGCGUGUUUCAGGACACGGAUAAGAUCAAAUUUAAGAGGGAGGAAGAUAAUACAUUGCCAUGCACACAAACACAUGCUCCUUGUCUGCAAUGCCUGUGCAGUCACUUAUCCGUUAACCUCUGGAUCAGGGGUGCUCAAACACGAUCCUGGAGGGCUGGUGUCCUUCAGAGUUUUGUUCCAACCCCAAUCAGACACACCUGGGCUAGCUAAUUAAGCUCUUACUAGGCUUUCUAGACACAUCCAUGCAGGUGUUGAGGCAAGUUGGAGAUAAAAUCUGCAGGACACUGGCCCUCCAGGACCAAGUUUGGGCACCCCUGCUCUAGAUAAUAGAUAUAUGUAUAAAUGUUUACAUAUCUACGGCUCCGAAUGGCCAGGCCUUCACUACAUCUUGGUCCCACAUUCAUGUCAAAGGAGCGCUACGCUGUACUAAAAUGGUGGCUAAAAUAUCCAAUAGACAACAACAGUGUAGGUGACAUCUAAAGUAAAUAUCUAUGGAAAGAUCCUAUAAACAUUGGCGAUGGAUUAUACGAUGGAAGUCAAUGGCUUCCAGUUUUCUUCACAAUAUCUUUUGUAUUUUGAAACAAGUAAAUGAUGACAGAGUGUUGAUUUUGAGGUGAAUUAUCCCUUUAGCAGUCCAUCAGUUUUAUUACUUCGGUAUAAUUGAGCAUUUGGCAUCAAAAUCAUGCCAUUUCUCAGGUCGAGUGAAAUGUCCUCAUAGUGGAGGAUGUUUCAGAGCGGCUCAUAUCUUCACAUCUGUUGAUCAGUAAAGCCAAGACUGUUGUAUUCCCUUUUGGCUCAAAAUGUAAACAACUCGACUCCAUAAAAAAGCGACUGGGCCCAAACUGCAGCAUUUCUUUCCGUUUGCUUUCCCACCGAUCCUGCCUUCUGUUUUGGUUUGUUUUUUCCCCUCACGGUGAGUGCAUGUUACAAAUGAAUGUCCAGUAAAUGAUUUGCCGUAGACUUUAGCUAUGCUACUUUAAAUGGAUUUUGUGCAUUUCUUAUUUUCUUUUGUAUUACUCCAGUAACGGAACAAGAAGAAACUCUAUAUAUGAAAUGAAUCAAACUUACUAUAUGAGCAGUCACUUUUAAUGGCAUUGUUUGAUGAAAUACUACUUCUUAUACCCAUGUAUGUUUCCGUAUACUGGCUUUCUCUCUUAUAAGUGAGUGUAGAGAUUUAUUGCAGGGAUGCAAAGUAUUAUAUUCGUCUUCGAUUUGUUAAAAUUCUAGAUUAUGUAGAGUGCUGCUAUUCAAUAAAGUACUGAAAAAGA